AUGCAUCAAACGAAGGUUGAUUUCUAUUUUGGAGGGCUAGCUGGCAAUCUCUUUGCAGUUGCUGGUUGCCUCGCAAAUUACGACAUCGCGGUCGGCUUAACUCCAGCUGUUGAACAAUACGUACCAAGUGAAAACCGAUGGUACAUGGCGGAACCUCUACCUCAUGCAGUUGCGAAUUUGGCAGGUUGUGUGUGGAAUGGCACGAUGUUUGUCAGUGGCGGGCGGGAUCCAUGGACAAGGUGUCUGGUGUACCAGUAUGACCCUUUAUGUAACAAAUGGUUCGCGAAAGCUCCCAUGUUGACGGCUCGGACUGACCACGUCAUGACAUGCACGGGGAAUAAGAUUUUCGCCGUUGGAGGCUUUGUUGAAGCAGAUGAUGACUAUCCGGAUGAAGUGGAAUUUAUUUGGCCUAAUGGAGGUGAUUCAAGGGAUGGAGAGAUGUAUGAUGUAGAGACUGAUCAGUGGACAUCAGUGUUUAACCUAUGGAGGCCUGCUUUUCAUGCACCAUCCAUCACCAUCAACAACUGCCUCUACAUCUUUGGAAGAAAUAGGUAUCGAAAUUUACAAAAGAUUAAUCUGGCAAAGUACACGAAGAAGAAAAAAACGUCAAAUGAUUCAAACUCCUCAUCAGUGCAAGACAGGAAUGCCGAUAAUGAUAAUCUUGGGGUGAUAGAUGCAGAAGAACAGAAUUCUCACACACAUGAUUGCCAAAUUUUUAAAUUUAAUCGACAGACAAAAGGGCGGUUUAAAUAUCAUUACGUCGGUGUCAUGUUUGUGUCGAAUAUUUGA